UUUGAUUCUUGACACACAGUUGUUAUGAGGUUUGUGAGUAUGGGUGUCCGUGUUCGGAGGACUGCUGAAACCGCCGAACCAAAAACAGAACAUAAGUCCCAUCCCACUCAUCCACCAACCCAUCAUGAUUAUGAAAACAUGAAGAACAAGUUUAUGAAUGAGCUGAAACAUCUUCAUAUGCCAGUGUGGGCUGUAAGUGCCAUAGUGCUGGUCGUUCUAGCCCUCGUGGUUUGCUUUACAUACUGCAUGUUCAGGAAAUGCUUUGGCAAGAAGAAGAAAUCCAAGAAAGCUCGGGAGAGGAAGAGAGCAGGGCGAAGAAGAACAGAAGGGACCAUAGGAGAAGUUGAAGGAGAACGAAAGGAGGAAGGAGAGAAAAAAGAGGGAUCAGAGGAAAAAGAGCAUCAAGAGAACUUUGGAAAACUGGAAUUUUCUUUGGAUUACAACUUCACUGAUGCUCAGCUGAUAGUUGGAGUUCUGCAGGCCCAAGAUCUUGCUGCUAUGGACAUUGGUGGCACAUCUGAUCCAUAUGUGAAAGUUUAUCUGCUCCCUGACAAGAAGAAGAAGUUUGAGACCAAAGUCCAGCGCAAAAACCUCUGCCCUGUGUUCAACGAGACUUUUAUUUUCAAGAUUCCCUAUGCUGAACUGGGUGGUAAAACUCUAGUGCUCCAGGUGUUCGAUUUUGACCGGUUUGGUAAACACGAUGUGAUUGGCCAGAUAAAAAUCCCCAUGAACAGUGUCGAUCUCGCACAGCCGCUUCACGAAUGGAGAGAUCUCGAAAAUGGAGAAAAGGAGGAGGAGAAACUUGGUGAUGUGUGUAUUUCUUUGCGUUAUGUGCCCACUGCUGGCAAACUCACAGUCAACAUAAUGGAGGCCAAAAAUCUCAAGAAAAUGGAUGUCGGAGGUUUAUCAGAUCCCUAUGUGAAGAUUGUAUUACAGCAUAAUGGAAAGCGUUUAAAGAAAAAGAAAACUACAGUUAAGAAGAACACAUUAAACCCAUACUUCAAUGAGAGCUUUAGCUUUGAGGUCCCAUUUGAACAGAUUCAGAAAGUCCAACUUCUCAUCACUGUGUAUGACUACGACAAGCUGGGCAGCAAUGACCCCAUUGGCAAAACCUUAAUUGGUUACGGUGCAACAGGUGUUGGAUUACGCCACUGGUCAGAAAUGCUGGCUAAUCCCAGGCGUCCAGUAGCCCAGUGGCACGUACUCCAGCCAGAAGAAGAGGUGGAUGCUGCUUUAAAGGCACCACAUCGCUAACCAUUGCCAUGAUGACAAGUAGCUCAUAUUCCCUAUAUUCAGGGCCGACCAUAAAACAUCCACUCACUGUCUAACUUUAAAAGAGUGGCACUGAUAAUCAUUGUAUACUGUACAUCGGCUCACUUACCAUGAUUAAUGGUCUUUGUGUUUCAUCUUAGUAGUUUAUAUCUUCUUUCAAAGUAGUUUUAUGUUUAUGUGUACAAACAUUUCUUUGAGUAUUUCUAAGUGCAUGUUUUUUAUGUUUGGAGGUAAUUUAGUUUAACUUUUUCUUCCAAUGUCGAAGUUACCCUGUGUUUGAAGUAGCGACACAUAUAAACCAAAUGCUGGUAUUGUUUCUUUCUUCUGGACUCAUUAUUACACAAUAUGCUAUAGAAAGGUUAAAUAUCAGGUUGUUAUUUGUACUGUAACAUUAGCCCAGGUAACAAAAAAUAUAU